GCCAAAAUCAAGGAGGAAGAGGAUCGGCCCUGCCAGGGAAUCACUAGGUUGCUGCAAAGAGGGGCGGGGCGAGGCGGGGACGCUGCAUGCAGCGCCUUAGCUCCAGCGGUGUCCGCGGGGAAUGUGACAUCAGUGGAGCUGGGUGCUUGCGGCUGGAGGAGGCAGCUCGCGUCAGCUGCACCGUGCUCACCUCGCCCGGGGGAGGACGCAGACCCCGGCAGGCAGCAGGGAUGUCGGCGAAGGAGAGGCCAAAGGGCAAAGUGAUCAAGGACAGCGUCACCCUCCUGCCCUGCUUUUAUUUCGUUGAGUUGCCUAUAUUGGCAUCGUCUGUGGUUAGCCUCUAUUUUCUUGAACUCACGGAUGUCUUCAAGCCUGUGCAUUCUGGAUUCAGCUGUUAUGACCGAAGUCUUAGUAUGCCGUACAUUGAACCGACCCAGGAGGCAAUCCCAUUCCUCAUGUUGCUUAGUUUGGCUUUUGCUGGACCUGCAAUUACGAUUAUGGUAGGGGAAGGAAUUCUUUACUGUUGCCUCUCCAAAAGAAGAAAUGGAGUUGGACUGGAGCCCAACAUCAAUGCCGGAGGCUGCAACUUCAACUCUUUUCUUAGAAGAGCCGUUCGAUUUGUUGGUGUUCAUGUAUUUGGACUGUGCUCUACGGCACUCAUUACAGAUAUCAUACAACUGUCCACAGGGUACCAGGCACCAUACUUCCUGACUGUGUGCAAGCCAAACUAUACCUCUUUGAAUGUAUCCUGCAAAGAAAAUUCCUACAUUGUGGAAGAUAUUUGCUCAGGAUCUGACCUUACAGUUAUCAACAGUGGAAGAAAGUCAUUUCCUUCUCAACAUGCGACUCUUGCAGCAUUUGCAGCUGUAUAUGUUUCGAUGUACUUCAACUCCACAUUAACGGAUUCUUCUAAGCUUCUGAAACCUCUCUUGGUCUUUACGUUUAUCAUCUGUGGGAUCAUCUGUGGACUAACACGGAUAACUCAGUAUAAGAACCACCCAGUUGAUGUCUAUUGUGGCUUUUUAAUAGGAGGAGGAAUUGCUUUGUACUUGGGUCUGUAUGCUGUGGGGAACUUUUUGCCUAGUGAAGAGAGUAUGUUUCAGCACAGAGAAGCCCUCAGGUCUCUGACAGAUCUUAAUCAAGACCCCAACCGAAUUUUAUCUGCUAAAAAUGGUAGCAGCAGUGAUGGAAUUGCUCACACAGAAGGCAUCCUCAACCGAAACCACCGAGAUGCUAGCUCACUGUCAAACCUCAAAAGAGGAAAUGCUGACGUAGAAGUCAUCACUCCACGAAGUCCCAUGGGGAAAGAGAAUAUGGUUACCUUCAGCAAUACUCUGCCUAGGGCCAACACCCCCUCUGUAGAAGACCCAGUCAGAAGAAAUGCGAGCAUUCAUGCCUCUAUGGAUUCUGCUCGAUCAAAGCAGCUUCUCACCCAGUGGAAAAAUAAAAACGAAAGCCGAAAAUUGUCCCUGCAAGUAAUAGAGCCUGAACCUGGACAAUCACCACCUAGAUCCAUAGAAAUGAGGUCAAGCUCAGAGCCAUCGAGAGUAGGAGUAAAUGGAGAGCACCAUGUUCCUAGUAAUCAGUACCUCAAGAUCCAGCCUGGCACUGUUCCUGGGUGUAACAACAGCAUGCCUGGAGGGCCGAGAGUGUCAAUUCAGUCCCGCCCCGGGUCCUCACAGUUGGUACACAUCCCCGAGGAGACCCAGGAAAACAUAAGUACCUCCCCGAAAAGCAGCUCUGCUCGGGCUAAAUGGUUGAAAGCUGCUGAGAAGACAGUGGCCUGUAAUAGAAGCAACAGUCAGCCCAGAAUCAUGCAAGUCAUCGCCAUGUCCAAGCAGCAAGGUGUUCUCCAGAGCAGCCCCAAGAACACCGAAGGCAGCACGGUAUCUUGCACAGGCUCCAUUCGCUACAAAACCUUGACAGACCACGAACCCAGUGGGAUUGUGAGGGUUGAGGCUCACCCGGAGAACAAUAGGCCCAUCAUCCAGAUCCCGUCGACCGAAGGCGAAGGCAGUGGUUCCUGGAAAUGGAAAGCCCCAGAGAAAGGCAGCCUUCGCCAAACCUAUGAGCUCAACGAUCUCAACAGGGACUCAGAAAGCUGUGAGUCCUUAAAAGACAGUUUUGGUUCCGGAGAUCGCAAGAGAAGCAACAUUGAUAAUAAUGAGCAUCACCACCAUGGCAUCACCACUAUCCGCGUUACCCCAGUAGAGGGCAGUGAAAUCGGUUCAGAGACGUUGUCUAUUUCUUCAUCCCGCGACUCCACUCUGAGGCGAAAGGGCAACAUCAUAUUAAUCCCUGAAAGAAGCAACAGCCCAGAGAACACUAGAAACAUCUUCUAUAAAGGAACCUCCCCUACACGGGCUUAUAAGGAUUGAGUGAUGGUCAUCCAACAAUUUGGAUGACCUCCCCAAAGACCACCUGUUGAUUCUACCUGUUGCAGCGUUUAGGAAGCCUUCUUGAAGGACUAGAUUUUACACCAUGAGCCUGGACCUCUAGAACACCUAAGAACUGCUACACUCAAACUUGUAGAUUUCGUAUUAAGGGGGAGGGAAAGCACAAUGUAAG